CGAAGUGGCUUCAAUAUUGUUUCUAUUGUCAAAGCUAAGAGAAGUGAGGUCUCUCAGAGUCAAUUUUAUUUACAUCGGUUUUUCUCGUCAUCUGGCAUCGAACAUCAUCACAGCCAUGGGAGAAGUGAAGAGCUAUGAGCUGGCGGAUUUCGACAAGAUGGGCUUCACCAAAAGUGUGAAGAUCGUCAUGUUCUAUGAAGCUCCAGCCACUGUCGACUCAAAGACGUUAAUCCUCUCCUUACAGGAGGGAAUCAGAAACACAACCCGUCAAUUACCCUUCAUAGCGGGAAAUCUCCAGUUCAACGAGUCCGGGAAGCUCUGCAGCGUGACAACCCCGGAAAGCCAGGUGGAAAUCAACGUCCGCCACUUCGAUUCCACAGAGUGUGAGCCUUUCUCAGUCUUGGCAGAAGGGUCAUUCUCCCCCAAAGAUCUGGACCUGACCCGGUUUCUGCCCGAAGAGCCCGUGGGCAAGCAUCCAGUCUGCAUAAUACAACUAAGUGUCCUCGAGGGGGGUUUGACACUAGGACUGAGACUAAACCACGCGGCUGGCGACUGGACAUCGCUCGAUACAUGCCUGUCUCUUAUCUGCCAAAGCACCAAGGCUCACCUCGAAGGCGUGCCAAUGCCCACCUACACGCCCGACCUCAACAGAGCGCCAUUCAACACCCCAGCGCCUGACCCAAGCAUCACGCGACAAGACCAACUCGCCAAACUCCCACUCUUCAGCGUGAUCGAGAAGAGCCAAUUCAAACUCAACCCCCCACCCCGCUGCCAAGCAAGCAUCUACCGAAUCUCAGAGCCCACAAUCCAACAUCUCAAAGCACAGUGCCUCCCCCACCUGACGGGAGUCGAAUACAUCAGCAGCUACGACUGCAUCUCAGCCCUUAUCUGGAGGACCCUCACGCGCGCACACAUUCACCUCCACCCAGAAAAAGCCAGGGCCACCACACGCUUCGUGCACCCCAUCGACAUUCGCACACGCGAUCCCGAGCACAAGACCUCGCCCCGGUAUUUCGGUAACGCAGUCAUCGGCACCCUCGCCGGGCCCGUACCAGCCCAAACUCUCGUUGCCGACAGUGAAACCCCCUGCGGCCUCGCGAUAGCCGCCAGUCUUAUCCGGCAGUCCACCCACAAAGUUGACCUCUCGUCCUUCGGCGCCAUGACGGGGCUGCUUGCCUCCCUCUCGCCCACGGAGACCCUCAGCCCCAACGCCGACUUCGCCGACAUGGACCUGUUCAUGAACACGUGGUACUCUGGUAGUGCCGAGCGGUAUGAUCUCGGCGAUGGGGUCGUCCCGGCCGCCGUGCGGGUGCAUGCGGGUAUGCCCGGGAAUGUCGCGAGUAUCUUGCCGAAUUUCUCGCGCGGAGGGCCCAGGGUCUUUGAUGUUUAUGUGCAGACCGCGAUCGAGGAGCAGGAGGUUUUGUGGAGGGAUGGGGAGUUCUUGAGGUAUUUUGAGUAUGUUGCGUGAGGUUUGGGGUGGAUUGAGUGCUGGGGCUGUGCGGUGGGAACUGCAGUUGGGAUGCGGCUUAUUGCUAUGUACUUUCGGUCGAGGACUGAAAUGUGGAAUGAGGUUUGAGCCAACUUCAUGGUCUAGCGCUGCUGUAGAGACGAGCUACAUUCCUCCUGGGUAUUUCCAUGUAAUAGGUUUGUCAACUACCGUGAUGGGCGAUGCAAAAAACGAGCGAUGGUCCUUGAUUUGAAUAUGACCGGGUAGUAACCGGAGCUUCACUCUCGACCUGACACCAAACAUUCGCAAUCACUAAAGUUCCACUGUAUCAGUACGC